GAAAAUUCCAAUUUUUUAUGACAUUGGAUUAUAUUAAAGGUGGGAGGAGCCAAUGAAAUACUUUGUCCUCUGAGAUCCCUGUGACUUCUGCAUUUCCUCUGGAAGAGGAGCUGAAUAAACUGGAAUUUGGAAAGGCUCCACAGGCACUGUGAGAGGGGAAGAGGCAUGAAGGCUUCCUUGGACACAAACAGCUUCUGAGGGAGAAGACUGAGGGAGGAAGCUGCUGAGCCUGGCCUGGCACUGUGGAGGAUCUGGGAGAGCUCCAUCCCCGCUGGACCUGAGCGCCCCGGGCAGCCCCAUGGACUGUCCCCACCUCCUGCACUUGGGAUUCCUGCUCCUGGCUCUUGCUGCUCCCCAGCCCAAUAUUGGCAUGUCCAUUGCUGGCCCUGCUGGAGGGACAGAAGACUAUUACAUAGUGGCGGACAUCUACCGAUGUAGGGACUGCAACAGCUGCAAAUGUGAGAAUGGGGAAAAUAAUUUUGAGAAGUUUGAAAAAAUUGCUGAUGCAAAAAACAAGGCACUUGCAGAUGUAGCAGUAGAAGUGGUGACCAAUAAAACGCACAUCAUUUUUUACUUGGAGGAACCAAAAUCCUGUCUCCAAGGCACUUAUGGCGUCUUCUGGCAGAAACCUGAGGGAUCAGGGCUCCCGUGUGGCAUCCCAAGUUCUGGAGAAAAUGGAAGAGGUGGCAUCAGUUCUGAGAAGACUAUUUACUGUGAAGCAGAGACAGAUACCAGGAAACACAACCAUGGCCUGAAAUGCUUCUACACUCCAAAGCCAAGUCCAAAACACAACACAACACCUCCUGGCACCACAGGUAAUCCUGAAGGUCUCAGCAGCAACACGAACAGCAAUGGAUGGUUGAUAGGCAUCUUUGUUGCAUUUAGUGUUGUCACAGGAUGUGGCAUCCUGUAUCACUGCUUGUGGCGGCGUGGCCAAGGUAUAGUCUGA